UUAAUGGACGAACCAGGAUGGGCAAAAUACUGGUUGGUGCAGGUUGUGAAUGUCUUGGAGAUCCCGGGAGCGGUCCUUUUGAGCUUCACCGCGCAUAUUUUCGUCAUGUUUUUUGCCGACAUCCGCCGGCGUAAAGCCUCUGGCAUGCUGAUGGUGCUCCUUUGGGCGGCAUACCAGGUGGCCAACUGGGUGGCGCCGUAUGCCCUCAACAACAUCUCUGCCUGCGACGACACUAUGUCAUAGAGGCAGCAGCUUCUUGCAUUCUGGGCGACGUUCCUCCUGCACAAUCUUGGUGGCCCAGACAACAUGAGUGCCUUAUCCCUGGAGGACAGUUCGCUCUAUAGGCGCGAAGCACCACUGGUCCUCUCACGGGUUGGUGGAGCGAUCUAUUUCCUGUACAAGCACUUGCACACCGGUAGCGGCGGCGGUGCUUUGAUCACGGCGUCAAUCAUGGUUUUGGUUGUUGGCGCUACCAAGUAUGCAGAGAGGGCGUGUGCGCUAUGGCAAGGUGACUUGGCCAAAAUCAGGGGCUCCAGCAACAAGAAGCAAUCAAUUAGAUUCUUCACUGCUUUUGAUGGCUUGGACUAUGGCUCACUGAUCAGAAAAGGAAUGGAUGGUAAGCUGGACGAUGAGGAAGCCUUGAUUGUCGCACACGGCAUGCUCCGAUUCUGCAAGCGUGCCAUGGCUGAUUCUUCAGUCUACACAGAGCCACCUGACAAGGGUGCCAUGGUUGAUUCUUCAGCCGACACGGAGUCACCUGACAAUGACUACGACCUUGAUACAAGCAGAAAAAUAUUGGAUAUGAAGUGGGAGAAAAUGUGCAGUGUGGUGGAGAUGGAGCUCUCACUCAUGUACGACAUCCUCUACACCAAGGCCAGCAUCAUCCACACCUCAACUGGAGUUGGGUACAUCAUCCGCAUCGCCUCGCCGCUUGCCAUUGUCGCCGCCACUGUGCUCUUUGGGUUCUACUACAACAAAGAAGGCCAAAGCCUACCGGAUGUGAUGAUCACAUAUACCUUGCUGUUAGCAACCCUCCUCCUGGAUACGAGAUGGCUGUUGAGUGCACUUGGGUCGACCUGGACGCAUGCUUUCCUGCAGGCCAGCAGGCCAUGCCGAUGGCUUCGACAUGCCGUUUUGUGCUCUGGGAGAUGGCUCCAGCUCCGCCAUUUCGUUGUUUCUCUGGAUGUUCGGAGGCUGCGCCUCACGGGUUCUCCAAGGAGUGCAAGCAGCUACAGAAGGUGGUCGGGCACUAUUGGGAAGUACAGCUUGCUGCAAGAGUGCACUCGGAAGAUCAGUGUUUGCGGCAAAGCAGCAAAGGUGAUUGGAUUGGGAGAUAUUUGGAAGGAAUACCAGCACUCCAGAGGAGGACGUAAGCUCUCAGAUGAUGUCAAGGAGGCGGUGUUCACAAGGGUUAGGGAAGUUCUCAGGUUAACAUACGAAAAAUACAAGGAUGGCAUCUACUCCAUGAGGGACAUCACAACAAGCUGGGGUCAGGUGACAAAGGAGAUUUAUACGAAGAAGAAUGUCCUGAAGGCUGAGCAGAAGGAGUUCAUGCUGGGCUUUGGCCGUGAAUUCCAGGAGGACAUCCUUGUGUGGCACAUCGCCACCAAAAUUUUCCUCGUCCAUGCAAAGAAGAAAGGGACCCUUGCCGACGCGAUCGUUGCGCUGUCGGAGCAUCUCAUGUUCCUCAUGGCCGUGAACCCGGACAUGCUACCAGGCCUUGCGCUUCGCAGCCUGUACGAAACAACCCUCAAAUAUUUGCAGGGGGUAUUGGUCAAUGCAAACAUUAGUCCCAGUCGGACAACUGGAGAGGAGAAGCUUGCAAGGAUCCUCUACAAGAACAAAGACGGCCAGUGGGAUUUCGAUGAAAAAAAAAUUCGUGGGCUGCUCAAAGAAGGGGCUAAUAUUGCGAUGGUGCUGCUCAAUGAGGCUGAUAAUUCGAACAUGCAAGAACUGUUGGAGCUCGUCUUCAACAUUUGGGUGGAUAAGCUGUUGUAUGCAGGCACCCGAUGCAACAGGGAAUCCCAUGCCAAGCAGCUCGGCCAUGGCGGUGACCUCACCACCAUCGUAUGGCUUAUGGCAGAGCAUGCUGGGCCGUUCCGGACCGGCGAACUUGGUUCGGAUGUCGGCAGUGAUGAGGGGAAGCCAGAGGAAAAGAAGGCUGAAGAGAAACCGGAAGGAAUGUACUAUCCGUUUCCUCCACCGGCUGCAUUUCCUCCGCCGUUUCCUCCGUCGGCUGCAUACGGGAUGCCAGAGCAUCAGCCGAAGCUCGACAAACCAAAGGUAGCCACGGAGACUCCGGCCACCAAACCACCCCGAGCACGCCGUAAAAGUUUUGAAAAUGGCUGCUGGCUGGUCUAUCUUCUGCCCAUCGACAAGCUUCUCCGAUCCGCUGAGGAUGGAUGCCCACCAAGAUGACUUGUCUCCCCCUCUGUUCGUUUCAUAUUCGAUUUUGAUUUGGCCGCCCUUCCCUUGCCUGAUGCGGUCACUUCCCUCAAGUGUGAAGGUGCACCACUAUGAUGGUGAUUCUUCUUCCACUCCGACCGACGCCUCUCGCCCUGCCUGCCAUGAUUUGUCUUCCUCCUGGGCUUAGGCAUAGGCUCUGAUAUUUUGAGCAAUGACGAUUACUGAAUUGUAGUUAACUGGAGAUAGUGAUGCUGGUCCGUAGAAUCUUUAUGGGCUUUUGGUUCUUUUUAUUUAUGCAGUCUACUGUUUUGUUCAUGUUGUACAGCUAGAAUAAACAUAAUCUCGACAGUUAAUUUGGUUGGUACUAUGUACACAGGAGAUGUCAAGCUCAAGAGUUGCUUGAUAGCUUGAAUAAUUUAAAUACUCGAUUUAUUUUUGCUUGCUACCUAGCUGCUCCUUUGUUUCUGGAUGCAUUCCUUCCUAGGACAUGAUUUCUUCUUUUCCUUUUUUGAUUUGAGCUCAACACAUGUCCUGCUUGUGCAGCAGCAGUAGUACAGUAGAAAGAGGAGAAGGGGUUCAUUGAGGAGGCGCAUGGUUCAAGGCUCUUCCACCUGCUGCUUGUUCGGCAUCGGCUACAAAACGGCCAUGGUAGGAGGUGCAGCGCCCAGUGACCCGGAUGACUCCAACAGCCAAAGGAAGCUCAAGUCUGCUCCUUCUCCCCUGGUAGAGAGAAGCCACCUCCUUGGGUUCCGCGUGUCUGCUCCGACCCUGCCAGCCCACGGAAGGUAGGAGGUAUGUGGCCAGCGACCGAGAUGACUCUGACAGCUGAAGGAAACUCAAGUCUGCUCCUCCCUGGUAGAGAGAAAACUCCUUCUUUGGUUCCGCGUGUCUGCUCCGACCCUUCUAGCCCAUGGAAGAUCCCCUCCCCCUCUCCUCUUUCUGUUAUGUUUCAUCUUGUUCUAGGUUGAUUCAGUUUUUCCCUCUCUCUUUCUGAUUUAAA